AUGGGGAACCACAGUACCCUCACUGAGUUCUUUCUCCUCGGGCUGUCUGCCAACGCUCAUGUCCAGGCUCUGCUCUUUGUGUUAUUCCUGGGGAUUUACCUCCUGACUAUAAUGGGGAACCUGAUGAUGCUGCUGGUGAUCAGGGCUGAUUCCCGCCUCCACACCCCCAUGUACUUCUUCCUGAGCCACCUCUCUUUUGUUGAUCUCUGCUUCUCUUCAGUUACUGUGCCCAAGAUGCUGGAGAACCUCCUGUCCCAGAAGAAAACCAUUUCAGUAGAGGGUUGCCUGGCUCAGGUCUUCUUUGUGUUUGUCACUGCAGGGACUGAAGCCCUUCUUCUCUCUGUGAUGGCCUAUGACCGCUAUGCUGCCAUCUGUCACCCAUUGCUAUAUGGACAGAUCAUGAGUAAACAGCUGUAUAUGCACUUUGUAUGGGGCUCAUGGGGACUGAGUUUUCUGGAUGCACUCAUCAACAUCCUCCUAGCUAUGAACAUGGUCUUCUGUGAGGCCAAAGUCAUCCACCACUAUAGCUGUGAGAUGCCAUCUCUUCUCCCUCUGUCCUGCUCUGAUAUCUCCAAGAACCUCAUUGCCUUGCUCUGCUCCACUAUCCUGCAUGGCCUGGGAACUUUCCUUUUGGUCUUCUUAUCCUACACCCGCAUUAUCUCUACCAUCCUGAACAUCAACUCUACCUCAGGCAGAAGCAAAGCCUUUUCUACCUGCUCUGCCCACCUCACUGCAGUGACACUCUACUAUGGCUCAGGUUUGCUCCGUCAUCUCAUGCCAAACUCAGGCUCCCUCAUGGAGCUGAUCUUCUCUGUACAGUAUACUGUAAUCACUCCCAUGCUGAAUCCCCUCAUAUAUAGCCUAAAAAACAAGGAAGUGAAGGCAGCUUUGAAAAGAACUACAGAAAAAUAUUUGCAACAUAUCAGAGGCUGA